AGAAAGAAAAAGAAGCACAGCCACCCAUUCCAGUAACCGCGCCUUUGCCGAAUUGUGACUUCGACGAUUCAAUAUUCAAUAUGGACUCUACCCCUUCGAAAACCACAAAACAACCACCCAUCCUACCAAUAUUGUUUUAACUUCUCUAAUAUGUCUCAUUCACGAAACGCGAGUGACGCCAGCGACUUGAGCGAGACCAUCAGCGAACCUGAAUCCGUCAUCAGUUUCAACGAGAACGUGUAUUUCAACAUGCAAAACGCUACCGUGUUCACUGCGACAUACGUGGGACAGGCUCGACAAACAAUAGAGCAACUAGCGACGAAUGAAAAUAGAUGGAUCACAACUCCACCAAGCGUGCACGACGUGGACGCAUCCAGGGUUCUAGACGCGAUGCUGAGGAACGCUCGCGGGACCGGUGGCGAAACCUCUGAGCGUUACACUGCCUGUGCUAUUUGCGCAUGUCCGGAGAUCCACGACCAAGUCAACCUCGCGAGGACUUGGUUCAUGUAUCUGCUAUGGCCAUUCACAGCCGGAACCCACCGAUCAUCGGACCUGAAUUCUGAACAGGCCACGCCGACUAUUGACGACACCUAUGACAGCCUUGUAAGUGCCAGUACAGAACGGAGAAGCAGAUUCAGGACAGAUGUUAAUCGACGGGACGGCUAUAGAUGUGUUGUUUCAGGUCUCUGGGAUGGACCACACGUGCCCGCUGGUCUUGAUCAGGGUUAUGUAACCUUGAAUGGAGCGCACAUCAUGAAACGGGCUGUCGGGGUUUUCACCAUGGACCGGGCACAUACUGCAGCUGCAACGUGGAAUAUCAUUCGGCAUUACUCAGGAAUGUCCGAAGAAACUAUUCAAAAUAUGGAAAGGCUUGUAGACGACCCUUCCAAUGGCAUGAUGCUCCAACACGAUAUCCACGAUAUUUUUGAUAAGCUGAAAAUAUACCUGGAGCAGACGGAGCAAGAAAACGAGUAUGUAGUCAAGGAGGUUGGGAGCAGGGCGUGGUUACACCGUGAGCUCCUCGGUAAAACUAUCACCUUCCGGAAUCACGAUGCCCCCACACGAAACUUGCCAUUACCUAACCCUCAUUUCAUCGCACUACAUGCAGGCAUCUCCCGAAUUUUGCAUAUGAGCGGCGCAUCCGAGGUAUUCGCACAGAUCUUGGACAAAUAUGAUGGGGCAGCAGGAGGCAAUGUCGGAAAUUUGAAAAGCAAUGGAGAUCCGGUGCAUCAACUAUCUUCAAUGAUGUCUGCCUUGUUCAUACACGAUUCAUUGAUUACUUAGUGUCUCGCAAUCAUGUGGAGUUUUGUGCAUUAAUUUUUUAAGUGCAAGUUUGAAAGUGCAUACCCCAC